CAAGUUUGAAAUCCAAUGCAUUGCAAUUUGCAGGCGGUUGCAGAGCAUGGUGUCUUCCUUUUCUCCAGACGAUCCUUCCGUAGCUGUGCUGAUCAAAAGUAGGUAUUAUAGUUAAUGAUGAGAAAUGUCUUUAAGAAACGGUGUUAUAUUUUGAAAGAUGUUGGAGAAGUCGGGCUUGACCUGCUGGUGGAUGGCCCGCUAUUCGUUGAUAGUUUGAUGGGAGUGGUGACAAUGAGCAUUGAGCUGUUGUAAAGAUCCUGGGAUCGGAGGGAGCACACCUUCGAGUGUGCGGGCGUCCACGCGGAUUCCCUUUGAGUCAAUUGACAUCUCUACUACUUAGUGCGACUGCAAUGACUUCGCUCUUUGGGAACCUUUUUGGAGGGCCAGAACACAGCAAGGGGCUUUUCAGCUCGUCCAAUGCAUUUCGCAGGAGGGCGGACGAGCAUGGGAGUGCGCAAAGCGGAGAUAGCGAUGGAGUGCUUCCGCGAAUGGCCCCGACUGAGGGUGGUGCUGGUGGGAAGGGGGAGGAGGAGCACCCAAAGAAAAUGAAGAGGCAAGAUGCAAUGCAAAAUAAGAUGCAAAAAGUUCAACGCACAGAGUUUGAUACAAGUAAGUCAGCUGCAGAGACUAAGUCAAUGGAGCAGGUCGAUGAGCAAGCGGACAGAAAGAAGAAGCGAGGUGCUGGCCGAGCUUCUGAGGCAGAGAAGGAUGUAGUAGCUGCCACCCAUGCUGGUCAUCAAGCAGCUAAGAAGGCAAAGAGGGGCACCGAAAAUGCAUCUUUUCCAGGGGAACAAGGACCGCACCUGCACCAGGAGAAACAGCCUGAUGCAGGGGUGGUGAGCCGAGCGGACAAGGGACAAGCGGAAGGAGAGCAUCGGGCAAAGCAGGGGAAGGCGGAACGCCGUGCAGGGAAGCGACAGGGGCCCCUUCAAAGUGGCGCCACGUUGCUUGCAAGCCAGAGAGGGGGAGUGCUGAAGAGCGAACCGAAAGAGGCACAGCAAGUGGUGGCAGCAAACGGCAGCGAGCUGGGGCAUGAGGAGGCGCUGGAGCGGUUGGCACUGCGACAGAGGGCGGAGCAGGUGCGGCGCAAGCGGGGCCGGGGGGACGAGGGGGAGGAGGCGCCCGCCAGGCACGCAGGGGAGCAGGAGGACGCACCGGACGCACCGGUGACCAAGAAGAAGAAGGCCAGGCCGUCCGGCGACAGCGAUGACGAUGUGCGGGGCGAGGCAGCGGUGGAGAAGCGGCAGGCGGCCAAGCGGCGCAAGCGCAGCGAGAAGGACAAGCUGCCGCGCACGGUCUUUGUGGGCAACCUGCCGGCGUCGGUCAAGAAGAAGGAGCUCAAGAAGGAGUUUGCGCAGUAUGGGCCGGUUGAGUCGGUGCGCCUGCGCUCGUUGGCGCUUCAGGAGAGCAAGCUGCCCCGCAAGGCGGCCGUGCUGACGGGCCAGGUCAGCGACGUGAAGGACAGUGUGAACGCCUACGUCGUCUUUGAGGAUGAGGAGACCUCUCGGAAGGCACUGGCGCACAACAUGAAGGAGUACCUGGGCCGCCACCUGCGCGUGGACGUUGCUGCUCCAGUGCGCCGGGCGGAGGGCGCUGCCCCAUCUGUGGAGUACGACCGCCUGCUGUCCGUGUUUGUGGGCAACCUGCCCUUUGAUGUCAAGGACGAGGAGGUGAUUGCGGCCUUCUCCGGGGCGGGCGCGCCGAGCGAGCUACAGGGCGCGCUGGAGGCGGUGCGCGUGGUGCGGGACAAGGCCACUGGGCUGGGCAAGGGGAUUGCCUACGUCAUGUUCAAGUCCAGGGCUGCCUCGAAGGUGGCCAUCGCCAGCAGCAUCACAGUGCGCGACCGGCCGCUGCGGCUGACGCGACCGGGGGCCAAGCUCAAGGCGCGCACCAAGCUGACGACCAGCUCGGGGAAAGCACGAUCGGCGAGCGCCAGGCCGCAGCCGCAGCGAGCGGCAGCACCGCAAGGAGGCACGCACCCCAAGGGGCGUGCGUCGUGGGAGGGGGCGUACGCGAAGAAGGCAGACGGGAAACCAGGGAAAGGGGGAGGCAGGGCGGAGGUGGCAGGGCCUCGAGGAAAAGGGAGUAAGCAAGCCGGGGCGACAAAAGGGAAGAAGACGCCGUCUGGUGCGGAGGGGCAGCCGGAGAACCGUAAACGGGCAGGAAAACGACCAGCUGUCGCAGCUAGGAAAGCGAAGGUAUGGACGCCGACAAGUGCAGCAUCUCCGAAGGGAGGCUCCGUCAAAGUAAGGGAAAAGCGGAGGCUCCCACAAGGAAAAGAUGGCCCAUCAAAGAAAGCGGAUAGGAAAAAGGCGUCCAAGGGAACAGCUUCUUUCCAAGUUAAAGGCCGGAAGCAAUAGCAUCGCUGCACCCUCAUCCACAGUUCCGAUCGUGGAUGCGCAACAACCCCACAUCAUCCACAUGGGUAUAAUGGGCAAAGGGGAAUCUUUAAGCGAAUUUCAGAUGAGUAUCGCUCCUAAAGCCCAUGCAUUCGAGUAAUGUGGACCCGUUGGCAUGGUAGGUCUGUUAUUAUGGCAGUCACGUACGUGGAAGUGUACGUCCAACAUGUCCCACUGGCAAUUCUUCCAAAGUACUUGCAUGCACAGUAGAUGGGCC